CACAUGGAGCCUGAUGGACUUGAAGAAUGGGAACGAGGAGAUCAUAGAUUUAAAUUCAGCGAAAACAUUCCGAUAGCUUACCUCUGUUUCUUUACUGGAUUUCAGGUGAUGUUCUUACUAGGCCUAGCUUACUCGAUAAAAAGACUGUACUCAGAAUACAGACAAGAGUACAGGGAUAGGUUCAAGAUAAUCCAAAUGAGCUUUAUCAUCAGCUACCUUUUUACCAAAAAUGCUUAUAACAUCUUUGUACUCUUCAGGGCACGAAGCACAGAGUUCUUCCAUUUGCCAAUUUUGGCUCUGACAAGUUUUUUCUUUUACUAUUUUGAAGUUAUAAAUGACACCUGCUGGUUGUCCUUUAUAAUUCAUUUAAAAUACAUGAAUAACAGGCUAUGCGAAGAAAGUAUCUCGAAAGUGAUAAGACGGGAAAAAGUUAUCUCAUUCUGAGUGUCCUUUGUAGCUAUUCUAUGUCUCCUCACCUGGCUUGGGAUAAUCGUUGCUUCUUUUGUAUACGGUUGAUAUCGUGCAGAAUGUUAUGUGUUGAAGGGAGACCCUGAAUUUAAAAGCAACGAGUGUGAUCACCUACAUACAGCUAGUCGGGUGUAUACCAUAGUCUUAUUCGGAAUCGGAGCAGCAGCUGCGAUCUUGAAGAUAUUCAUCGGCUACAUAAUGCUUUCCACUAUGAAAAAGACUUUAUACAUACCCUACAUUAGAAUCAGGACAGGUGUGGCCUUCACAGUAUUAGCAACAUUGGUCGUAAUUUCUUUAAAUGCUGCUUAUAAUUAUAGCAACCAGUUUUCGUAUAGCAUCUGGUUAGUUUUCCUAUUAUCAAUGAAAAAUGUAUCUAAUUCGCAAUUAGCGUUCACUACUAUAACUACAUUCUGUAAUUCAUUCUUAGAAGUGCUCCUGAUGAUAUAUACUGCGGAGAAAAUAGAUUUUAAAAACUACAUUAUGAUUCUUUUGGAAGGCCGAAUGAAGUUUACACUAGCUCCAAGAAUCUCUACUUUCCUCAAGCUCAAUAGAGUAAGAUUUUGAAUCGACCAGAAAGUACCCCUGCUGACGGAAGAUGAGCAAAGUGACUUAUCAAGAUCAAACCUAACAUUUAAAAGAGCUCUAGAGGAGGAAGAUACUUCACUCACAAACUUCUUUGAAAGGACUCCUGAAGAGAACAGAGCGAUUAAGACUCAACUUAGCUCUAACCUUAGGGAGAGGCUUAAUACUGCAUCUAGUAAGGCUAGUAAGGCUUCUUGAGGGCAGGAACAUUCUUGUACCUCAAUCAUGAGCAAAUCUAUUGAGCCUGUAAUUUAAUGAUAUCCAAUGCUAAAAUUCACAAUC